CUGCCCGCUGACGUCAGCAGCAGAUGGCAUGGUACCAGCGCUGGUCGUGGGCAUCGCUGUCACUUCUCAGAGCGAUCACGCACCGAUCCUGCAGAGAGAGAGAGAGACCCUCAUACUGCCGUCAGACUACGGAGCAGUGGCCAGGAGGAGCUGAAAAUGAGCAUCCCUCUCCAGCACUGAUUUCAGCUGACAACAUGUUGACUUUACCAAUUGAUGAAGUUGUGAUGAUGCCCGGAACAAACUUUGAUGAUGUUAGCGAAUCCGAGGAUAAAGAGUCGCAAACUUGUGCGGAGCAUGAGCAGUGUUCAAUUGAUCUCAACAACAUCACCCCGUCUGUAGAGUCAGACAGAGAUGAGAAUGGUAAGGAAGGCGAAGAGGAUGAAGAACAUCCCAAAAGGAGAGGACCCAGGAAAAAGGUGAUGACGAAAGAAAGGAUUGAACGAGUCAAACUGAGGAGGACUGAGGCCAACGCCAGGGAAAGAAAGCGGAUGCACGGUCUGAACAACGCCCUCGAUAACCUUCGCAAAGUUGUCCCAUGUUAUUCCAAAACGCAGAAACUGUCCAAGAUAGAAACACUGCGCCUCGCUAAGAACUACAUCUGGGCUCUGUCGGAGAUCCUGCGCAUUGGCAAGAGACCUGACCUGCUGACGUUUGUCCAAAACCUGUGUAAAGACUUGUCCCAGCCCACCACCAACCUGGUGGCUGGCUGCCUGCAACUCAACACGAGAAACUUACUGAUGGACCAGAACGGAGAUGGAGCACAUAUCGCCAGGUCACAGUUUUCCUCCAACCUCUACACCUAUCAAACCCCUGAUCUCGGCAGCCCCUCAGUACAGAGCCCAAUGGACCCUUCUUCCAAGUCCAUCAAACCCUACAGCUACUGUGGUGCUUACGAGUCCUUCUACCAGAACGCUUCUCCCGAGUGUGUGAGCCCACAGUUUGACGGUCCCCUCAGUCCUCCAAUUAACUUUAAUGGGAUUUUCUCCCUGAAGCAAGAAGAUCCAUCUGACUAUGUGAAAAAUUAUCACUAUGGCAUGCAUUAUUCUGCUGUGCCAGCCAGCCGUCCCUUUGGACAGAGCUACAUGUUCAGCCCAGCCAUGCGAUGUGUGGUGCCCACAGACAGUACAUUUCCUUACGAUUUCCAUCUGCGCAACGAGACACUUUCAAUGCAGGACGAAUUAAAUGCGGUUUUUCAUAAUUAAUGAGAAAAAUAGUGGCUCUACAGAUCACAAGUAAUUAAGAUAAAGCAGUGGGUGGUACAUUAAAUAAUUGAUACAAAAUUGUUUUUAACAGCACGACUGCACUCAUAUUCGAAUGUUACAUUAUGGCAGAGAAGCAAUAAUCGAAAAACUAUGCAAGUGAGUGAAUUAUAUAUUAGCAACAACCCCUCGAAAGGGUAAUAUACACCACAUGGGCCCUUCGUUACUUCUCGCGUACACUUUUCAUUUAACAUGAUAAUUUGUAAAUACUUUGACUUAGUUUCACAAACACGACAGUGUUUUUACAAGUGGACCGUCUGGCAGAUUAUCUGGUCAGUUUAUUUCAAUGGCCCUAAGAUGGAAGACGGGGCCUGUUAACCAUUUAGGCGACAUGUGAGUACUGAAGGAUCCACAGUACUGUACACAACGAGCCACACACAAAUUUCGGAGACACAAACAUUUUAAAUGUUAUCGAUUUAUUUUCUGUUGUUCGUGCCGGUGCAGCAUUGCCAGUUUUCAGCAAGAAGGGAAAGCUUCCUUCUACUGUGCACAUUGAUCGUUCAAAGAAAUGUCUACCUUUUAAUACACGUCGUAAAUAUGAUUUAUAUGGAAGAGACGUUUUAGAAAAUCACGGUUUGAAAACGCACCCACCGUUCUAAUUGAAUUAGUUUGAUCCAGACGAUAUUUAUUCAUACUCUUGUAGUGAAUUUAUUUUUGUAUGCGUCAUAUUUUGACGUAUGUAACAAACAGCAGUCACAAAGGAUUUGGGAGUGUGUAGUGAUGCCCGUGAGCAAGUUCAGAAAGGGUCACUGGCGAAGUAUUAAAGUGUAACCGUGUGCAAAAUUGUCCAAGUGUCUUACUAAUGCAUUAACAUACUUCCUGAGCUUAAGGAAGUAUGGCGUGAAUGAUUUGACAUAUGCAAUGAAAAGCCGGAUCGAUGAACGCGUAUUUUUAUGAAUUAUUCACCCUGUUCCCCUCUGAUGUGUGAAGUGAACGUCUCCCCCUUCCAAUAAACUCGUUUGGUUUCGAUCAAUUUG